AGCGUUCCCGGAAGCAGACCGGAGCGGAGCGUACGGUGGCUGAGGAGGCCGUCCUCCGCCGCGGUCGGUAGCUCGGCGGAGCUGCCCGCACCCACCUCUCUCUUCCGUUCUUCCUCUCCCCCGGUGCCGCCGGGCAGCGCGAGGCGGAGCCAUGUCGCUUCUCCAGUCCGCCCUGGACUUCCUGGCGGGCCCCGGCACCUUGGGGGCCGCCAGCCGCGACCAGAACGACUUCGUGGGGCAGACGGUGGAGAUGGGCGAGAUGAAGCUGCGCAUCAGGCGGGUCAUCGCGGAAGGUGGUUUUGCAUUUGUCUAUGAAGCUCAGGAUCUUGGAAGUGGCAAAGACUAUGCUUUAAAGCGGUUGUUGUCCAAUGAGGAAGAGAAGAACAAAGCUAUCAUUCAGGAAGUUUGCUUUAUGAAAAAACUUUCAGGUCACCCCAACAUUGUCCAGUUCUGCUCUGCUGCAUCUAUAGGGAAAGAAGAAUCAGACACAGGACAAGGAGAGUUCCUUCUGCUUACAGAAUUGUGUAAAGGACAACUGGUGGAAUUCUUAAAGAAAGUGGAACCCAAAGGGCCAAUCUCCUGUGACACAGUCCUGAAGAUCUUUUAUCAGACCUGCCGAGCAGUCCAGCAUAUGCAUAAACAGAAGCCACCUAUUAUCCAUAGAGAUUUAAAGGUGGAGAACUUGCUUAUUAGUAACCAAGGGACAAUUAAACUUUGCGACUUCGGUAGUGCUACAACAGUAGCUUACUAUCCUGACUACAGCUGGUCUGCACAAAAGAGAGCACUAGUUGAAGAAGAGAUCACCAGGAAUACAACGCCAAUGUACAGGACACCAGAGAUGAUAGAUUUAUAUUCAAAUUUUCCAAUCAGUGAAAAGCAGGACAUUUGGGCUUUGGGCUGUAUCCUGUACCUCCUGUGCUUUAGGCAACAUCCCUUUGAAGAUGGAGCUAAACUUCGCAUAGUCAAUGGAAAAUAUGCCAUUCCACAGAACGACACCCGCUACUCUGUAUUUCAUGAUCUCAUCCGCUCCACUUUGAAGGUGAACCCAGAGGAGAGAUUGUCAAUCACUGAACUUGUGAAUCAACUGCAGGAGAUUGCAGCAGCUAGGAAUGUAAAUCCUAAAUCCCCCAUCACAGAGCUCUUGGAACAAAAUGGAGGCUAUGGAAACAAUGCUCAGCCUCGAAUAUCUGUGACUUCUGUUUCACAGAGCUCCAGGCCUGCAGGACAGCUUAAUAAUAUAUACAAUGCAGGCCUGACCGUUGCGGAAUGUGACCAGACUUAUGGAGGGUUCUUUGAUAUUCUGAGGGGUGGAACGGAGCGAUUUUUCACUAAUAUUAAGGAUACAUCUUCUAAAGUUAUCCAGUCUGUGGCCAAUUAUGCGAAAGGGGACUUGGAUAUAUCAUACAUCACUUCGAGAAUUGCAGUGAUGUCCUUUCCAGCUGAAGGUGUAGAAUCUGCCAUCAAAAACAACAUAGAAGAUGUACGAUUAUGUCUGGACUCCAAACAUCCUGGGCACUAUGCUGUGUAUAAUCUUUCUCCAAGGACAUACAGACCUUCACGAUUCCAUAAUAGGGUUUCUGAAUGUGGCUGGCCAGCAAGACGAGCACCAAAUCUUCAGAAUCUCUAUAGCAUAUGCAAGAACAUGCAUUUAUGGCUGAAACAGGACCAGAAAAAUGUUUGCAUUGUUCAUUGCCUAGAUGGAAGAGCAGCAUCUGCUGUUGUAGUUUGUUCUUUUCUGUGUUUCUGUCGUCUCUUCACUACUGCUGAGGCUGCAGUUUAUAUGUUCAGUAUGAAACGCUGUCCUCCUGGCAUAUGGCCUUCUCAUAAAAGAUACAUUGAAUACAUGUGUGACAUGAUGGCUGAAGAGCCCAUUAUUCCUCACAGCAAGCCAAUCCUGGUCAGAUCCAUCAUCAUGACUCCAGUUCCUCUUUUCAGUAAGCAGCGUAAUGGCUGCAGGCCUUUUUGUGAAGUUUAUGUAGGGGAUGAGAGAAUAACCACUACCUCCCAGGAAUACGACAAAAUGAAGGAGUUUAAAAUUGAAGACGGGAAAGCAGUAAUUCCAUUGGGUAUAACGGUUCAAGGAGAUGUUCUCAUUGUUAUCUAUCAUGCUAGGUCAACACUAGGAGGCCGACUACAAGCCAAGAUGGCUUCUAUGAAGAUGUUUCAGAUCCAGUUCCACACAGGUUUUGUGCCCCGAAAUGCCACCACAGUGAAAUUUGCAAAGUAUGAUCUGGAUGCCUGUGACAUUCAAGAAAAAUAUCCUGAUUUAUUUCAAGUCAAUCUGGAAGUGGAGGUGGAGCCCAGAGAUAGGCCUAGCUGUGAGCAGCUGCCAUGGGAUAACAUGAAUAUAAAGGGUCUGAAUCCCAAGAUCCUUUUCUCCACUCGAGAGGAACAGCAGGAAAUUUUGUCAAAAUUUGGGAAACCAGAGCUACCAAGGCAGCCAGGUUCAACUGCGCAGUAUGAAGCAGAAGCAUCCCAACUGGAUCUGUCCUCAGAAAGUGCCCCAACUGAGGGAGAAUCCCCACACAGCAGUGGUACUGAUGCAAAUAACUUCUUUCAUUCUCUGGAUUGGAAAGAAGGAAGAAGUCCAGAAAGUGGAGUAGAUGAUACCUCAUCUAAAAAUGAUCAUGGUCAACUGUCUGAUGAGAGAGAAGAGAGUGAUCCUUCAGAUGAGGAGUUCCCUACAUUUCCAGGUGAAGAAAGGGCAGUAAGUGUUGAUGAGGGAGACUCUGCUACCCCAGAAGGAGAGAUGCUUUUUGAAGCUGGUUUUGAAGCUCCACCUACACUAUUACAAAAAUCUCUCACUGAAGAGAAUGUAGAUUUACUGGGACUGAAUUCCGAUGCUUCACCAGAACAGAAAGAACCUAUCUCAGAAAUAAACUCAUCAAGUAAUGCAGCCCUGCUGAACAAUCUUUUUGUGAGUGGUGCAUCUCAGGUUUCAGAAGAGCCCACUGGAGAUCUCCUUGGACAAGGAGCAGAUUUCUUUUUCAGUGGUCAAUCUCAGCAUCCAGCUGUUACUCAGACUUCAGCAGCAGCUGCAUCUUCAGCUGAUCCUUUUGACCCAUUUACAAUGUCAUCUAGUUCUGAGAAUUCAGCGCUGUCUGGCCCAGACCUUUUUGGAGACUUUCUUAAUCCAAGCGCAGCAUCUACAGCUAAUACGUUUUCCUCUACACAUAGUUCACUUCCACCUUCUUCCAGUUCAGAUUUCCUAAAUUUAGGAAAUUUGACAUCAGAGCCACCUAAAAUGUCGUCUUCUACGAGCCAUCCAGAUCUCUUAGGUGGAUGGGAUUCUUGGGCAGAUUCUUCAGCAGCCAGCAAUGUAGCAUCACCACAGUUGAAGUCUCUUUUUGAAGGUCAAGUUUUUACCACAGGGAGCCAGUCCAGCGUGUCUUCAGGUUCAUCUUUCAGCCAAGCUAAAUCUCAGAACUUUGAUCCUUUUGCUGAUCUUGCCAAUCUUGGAUCUAGUCUUCCAGGUUCCUCCACAGGUGGAUUCUCCACUAGUGGGUUUGCUCAGAAAACUGUUCCAUCUCAGAAGUCAGGAGGUCAGUGGCAGAAACCCACAAAACCACAAACAUGGCAGUCCCAAGCUAAAUCUGGUACACAAGCUAAACCUAACUACACAGUGAACUUCAGUGUUAUUGGAGGACGAGAAGAAAGGGGAGUCAGAACCCCAAGCUUUGGUCAAAAGCCAAAAGUUUCAGCCAAUGACUUUGAGGAUCUCUUAUCUAAUCAAGGCUUUUCAGCAAAAUCUGAUAAAAAGGGACCAAAAACUAUUGCUGAGAUGAGGAAACAAGAAAUGUCUAAAGAUAUGGACCCCUUGAAACUGAAGAUUCUUGAAUGGAUUGAAGGAAAGGAGAGAAAUAUCAGAGCAUUAAUAUCUACUCUUCAUACAGUGCUUUGGGAAGGGGAAAAUAAAUGGAAACCAGUUAGCAUGGCAGAUCUAGUAACUCCUGAACAAGUGAAGAAGUACUACCGGAAAGCAGUGCUUGUGGUUCAUCCAGAUAAGGCGACAGGACAACCUUAUGAGCAGUAUGCCAAAAUGAUCUUCAUGGAAUUGAGUGAUGCGUGGUCGGAAUUUGAGAACCAGGGGUCUAAGUCCCUCUUCUAAAGUUCGUCUCUUUUGAACUACUUCCAAAAACUGGAGCUGAGCAUUGUUGUGACCUGUCUGCCUAUGAUUUAUGAAGUGCUUUUCCAUGAUUUCGGCACAGUUCGCAGUACACACUUAAAUGUGAUGACGUAUUUUGUAAGACGUAAAGUCCAAAGCAUUACGUAAGAUGCAUUAAGAAAGCAACUGCUCAGUACUUGAAGAAAUCAUGGUCUGGGGAUAAACAUUUUCUUUCAGAUUUUAUAUAUAGCUAAAUGGAAUUUUUCCAUGGUCUCUGGUACACUCAGAUCAAUUCUAAGUCAUUCCAAUUCUAUUGAUCUUUGCUUUACCCUUCCCUACCACACUUCCAUUUAUUUUUUCAGUAGUUUUGUGAUUCAGUUUUGUUGUUUUGUGCCUGUCACCUUAUUUGAAGUGCUUUAGUUAUCUUUGGCUUGUUUCCAAUCUGAAGGUGUAUAUUUUCAUCUGUAUUUUAUGUAAUCAAUCUGAUAAUCAUUCUGUAAAUAUUUUCUGACAAUACCUGUGUUCUUUACAAUAAAUUAAUAGGUUAGCCAAAAAGACCUCAAUUGUGGGGACAGUCAACCAGGGUUGUUCUUGAUGUUUUUUUAUUUUAAUUUUUUUAAUUAUUCUUUACAUUAUGGAUCUAGAAACAAAUCUUGGCUUUAAGGUCUGCAUGUUCUUGCUAUUUUGUUAUUUAUUAUGAACCUCUGGAAGGCAUUGCUCUUACCAGUGCUUAUUUUACUAGCUCUUUAAAUAUCAUUUUCUUCUGAUUUCAGUGGAACAUGCCUUCCAUUGGACUUAAGAUACUCUGAUAGAAAUGUUUUUUCGAGACUUGAUGUGGAAGCACAAAACGUUUUGCUCUGCUUUGAUUUCUUACGAGAAAGCUACAUUACUUGUUAUCAUGUAGAGAGUUUUUCGUGUUUUGCUGCAUGUCUGAAUUUCCGUGUUUUGAGAUAUGCAUGACAUCAGUGUAUGUGCAAACAGGGAUAUAUUGGUAGUGUUGUAUUUCUGCUCAUCCCCCUUCCAUGCACCAGCUAGUACAAGAUGGGCUAGUACAACCUGAGAACAGAACUUGCCAUGUUUUCUCAUCCAUAUUCAGAUAGCAGCUAUUCACUUGAUCCGGGGUAGGUGAAUACGAUUGACCAAUGGCUGUUAUGCUCUGUACCAUAACAAAAUGCAAUCCUCAAAUCAAAUCAAGUUUGAAAUUGUCAAAAAUCAGUAUUGUUGUAUUAAAGCUUGGUAGCAGUCUCUUGAAACAGUGUAGUUUGGCAUUCAAAUGAUAAAAAUAUUUUAAUCUUGACAUUUUCUGUUUUUCGUGCUUAAAUGAGAGGGAAGCUGUAACAACCAAAGGUAAAAUCAGCUGAGCAGCAUCUGAACAGGCAAAAAGAAUAUUCUAAUGCCACCUGGAUAGUGUGUUGGAUACAGUUUUCCACUCCCAAGCUAGCGACUUAGACUUGUGAAUACAGGGUACAAUUCAGUCUCUAAGCUCUGUCUGACACGUUUAACUACUGACACAGUCUUUCAUCAACAGAGUGUGUAUACUUGCAUAUAUAUUCAGCUACUGUAUUGUUUUUGAAGUUGGAAACCUGGAACCAGUAUGGAUCAGGAAGGUUAUACUUUAUUUGGAGUAACAGCUGUAGUUCAGUUGUGGUUUUGAAGCAGCCAGAAAGCAAGAAAUCUGAUGAGAUUUAAGACUUUUUUUUUCCCCUUGGGACACCUUAAUUGUCUACAUUAGUGGUCUGCAUCGUUAGAAAUCAAAGGCUUGUGGUAGGAUUAAUGUUGGAGACCCAUGUGGUUUUUUGCAGUUCUAAGGUAAACUAUAUAUAGUAAUAAGUUAAAAAGCAGACAUGUAAUGACUGCACUACUGUGUACAGCUGAGAGAAAAUUUUUCCAAAGAGCUGCUUUCUCGUAAGGAAAAAAGUGUAAAGUCUACUUUAAAAGUCCAUACCACUUUCAAAACGUACAAGAAACUAAACAGACAUUUUUAUGUUCUUCUUGAACUGUGUACAAUUUAAAAAAAAACCAACUGAAUUUUGGAGGAAAAUAUCUUUCUCUCUGCUUUGUUUGCUUGGUGGUGUUUUUUGUAUGGUAACUACAUUUCUCUGGUUUUCUUUGUCCACUCUUGUUUGCAAAAGCUUUCUUGAACAUCAAAGAAGAACCUUAGGAUUUCAAGUGAGCGGGGAAAAAUGAGUGUGAGUGUUUUAUAUGCAAAUGAAGAUUUCUGCUAAUUGAUUCCCUCUUAAAUAUCAUGGAGACUCAUGAAAUUUGGCUCUUGGAAUAUUCCACAGCGAUUUGUGCAGGAGCCCUUAAAUUACAGCUUAGUCUUCAGUGAAGGAGCUGUCUGGCUCAUCUACCCUGCUCCUUUCUGAUUGAGUUCUGGUGUGAGGAAUCUGGGAGAAGCUCAGAGUUCAGUAAACUUUUGAAGUUGAGGUUUUACUGGAGUGCGGCUCUUUUGCAUCCUUGUAUUCAACUCAGUUAAAUGACACAGUUAAAAAGUAAAUCGAAAUGUUUAAACUGUCAGGUAUUGUCAAGAUGUAAGUGAUGAAUGCAGUAAAGUGCAAUUGUGUUUUCAGUGUAAGCUAAAGGAGAAGGAAGACCAUGAAAGGAGCCUCAUAGUUGAAGCCUAAACUACAUUUUCUGAAUUACCUGAAUGUGGGAAGAAGGAACUUUAAAUUGUAUAUAGGCUUACACUGACUUCUGAUACUAGUUUUAAAUGAGAAGGUACUUUGGAAGGAGGCUGUCUUAAGAAUCCUUUUUUUUUUAAUUUACCUUAAAGCAGUAAUAAAAAAAAAUGGUUAAGGACCAAAAAAAAAAAAAAAAAGAAAGAAAAAAAAAAGAAAGAAAAAAAAAAAGAAAAAAACCAACCCCAAAAAACCAUGCUCAGACUGGGAAUGAGGGCUUUUCCCUUCCUUGUGUUCAUUGUUAACUAAGAGCUGUAUGGGGUGGGUCUUGAAAGCUAGGCUUUUUGUCUGCUUCUGCUGAUUACAAAGUUUGAGGUAAAUCCUGGUAUUAUGGGUAUGCUGAAGUUAUAACAUUGUAUUGUGAAGCAUCUCCUGAAUUCUUCCAACAUGGUCCUGAUGCCUUCUGGCCCUCGUUUGUUAUUACUUCAUAGUGACAAACUGUUGAUACAGUUCACUCUUCGCAGUCUUCCAUGACCCAGUUCUUAAAAUUGAGUAGCUUAACAUUGUAAUAUUAAAAGCAGAGAAAAAACAUGCAGCAGAAGUUAAGGGAAGAGUAGAGAAGGACACCUGGACUAUAACUAUAUUGUAUCACAGAUGUUUUCUAAUUCUCCCUUUACUGACCUGUCCCUAAUUAACCCAGAUAAGGGCUGGUCUAGGGCAGUAGGUCUGUUGCCUGCAGUUCCAACCCUUUCAGAAGUGCUUCUGACUGGUUGUAGGCAGGUGGCAGUAACCAGGUGCUUGGGGUAUUUGCAGAAGGUUCUAUUAGGCAGGGCCUAUGAAAUGGUAAGUGUAGAUUUCCACUCGUUAUUUCUGAAUUAAGUCUCUUACAUCGAAUUGUUAGGUCUGGAGAGUCUGGCAACUUCUCUUUUAGAAUAGAAAUCUGCAAAGAAGAGAACUAGUGUGAAGAGUGCAUGUGGCUAGGACCUGCCAAAUGGAGAAGAGUAAUGUUUUGUCCACGUUGUGGAAAUCAGUUGAUGUCUUUAACAUUCUGCAUGCCUGUCCUGUGCUUCCUAGUGCUUUCAAAUUUCCUUGAACUUAACAGCAGGGAAGAGAAAUGAAAGCAAGCAGUUAAGCGUUUACAUUCCUAUUAAAAUCACUGAGUUGAGCUCAGUGUUGUGAGUGGGCAUGGAUUUCCAAGCAUCGAGUCGGGGAGGAGAAGUUCCUCUUCAUUGUUACCACUUAAAGUUCAACCAGUUUGCUUAUUGGUCAUAGCUUCCUUCAGCACUGUUGUAGCCUCUCCAUUCUGUAUGUGUUGAUUAAAAACAUUUCCUUGGAACAGUGGCAAAGCCUUUGGCAUUACACCCAUGAAGAUAGUUAGCGUGCAUGGAAAAAUGCCUUGUUUUACCUCCGUUUUCACGUUGAUUGUAGAAAGUCCUUCUAAAGCUGUUUGCCAAGCACAAAGUAGCAGCUCCUUCCUGAAUGCGGACCAUCUCAAAGCUGCAUGCAAGGGAUUAACAUUUUGCACGAACCAAAGCAGAGGUUGAGCAUAACUGCAAUCUCAGCUGCCCUUUGGGAUCACUGGGCUGCAUGGAGCACUCGGCUCCCACAGCCAGGCUGCAGUUUCUCAGCAGUGUCAAUACACCUGAGUGGUUAUUGGCCAUCACUUUCUUUGCUGCUCACAAGAAAAUUUCAGGGGAUACAUAACUGUGGAACUUUGUUGCUCCUUAGCUCGUUGUCUUAACAGUUGCAGUGAAUGCUUUGUAAAUAGAUUCAGAAUAGUUCUGUAUGGUUGCCUGUGCUCUGAAUCUGACAUUUUCUGUCCAGAACUUGCGGGUGGUUGACCUGCAGAAGCUGUUGAAGGAAUGUAUGAUUUCCCAUCACCUGAGUCUGUCCCUGGUGCAGAGCAGCUCCGGCUACCAGCGCGUGGUGACUGGGGGCGAGGGCAGACUCAGCUGAGCUGUGGUUCUCAUCUUGGUGAAUCUCAGUGUUUGCUUGCUCUGUUCGGGUGAGCUCAUUAUCGUUAGCUGCAGUUUAGACUGCAUCGAACUUCGAACGUACACUCCAGCAAUUCUCAUUCAGUCAUUUUUAUGAAGGAUACAUUGUGACAUAGAAGCUUUUCUUACCAAAAGAGGAUUAAGAGGCAUUGUGAGAACUCCUGAAACUCUUUAGUGGAAUGUACUGUAUUUUUGCAAUGUAGACUUCUAGAAGCAUUUGUCACCUCUCUGUGAGGUCUUAGCUUGCUCCGAGGUCCUUGCUGUAGUUACAUGUACUUGUGAUUGUACUUUCUAUACCUGUGAUUUUUCUGGUUUGGGUUGUGUGGAAGGACAGAACAGAUACUGAAGUCCUAUUUUUUGCCAUCUUUCAGGAAAUGCAAUGUACUGAGUAAUUUUGCUACUAGUAAAAACAAAAAUCUAUAUACCUGUAUGUAUAUAAAGGCAAUAUAAUCAAAUUAAACAUUGUUUAAAAAUAGAUUUAAUGUUUGGCACAAUGUCCUUGAACAGACUAUUUUGCUUCGAAAUGUAUUACGACUUAAUCGGUGAUCAAUUAAAACAAACAAAGCAA